AACGUUUAAGGUGUUAUGGUUCUCUCAGUAACCCUGUUCCCCUGUAUCUCCUCCAGGCUUCAUCAAGUGUAUUUUGAUGCCCCCGCUUGCAAGAAUGGCCAAACCGACCGUUUCUUCCUGGUUGGGGAUUACUCAUCCUCUGCAGAGUUCUUUGUCACCAUAGGCGUUUUUGCAUUCCUGUAUUCCAUGGCAGCUCUCAGCGUCUAUGUCUUUGCCUUUGAGAAGUACCGUGAGAACAAUAAAGGACCACUGAUUGAUUUUGGUGUGACGUGUGUAUUCACCUUCAUGUGGCUGGUGAGCUCGGCAGCAUGGGCGAAGGGUUUGUCUGAUGUCAAGACAGCUACAGACCCAGAGGAGGUUAAAGAACUUAUCCCCGCUUGUGAACAGGAAGGCAACCACUGCCGUGAAGUUCACGACCCCGUCAUGUCUGGUCUUAACACUUCUGUGGUCUUUGGCUUCCUCAACCUGAUUUUGUGGACAGGUAACCUGUGGUUUGUAUUCAAGGAGACUGGGAUCAUCGCACCAUUUAUGCGUCAGCAGCCUGCCCAGGAGAAGCAGCCCGCCCCUGAUUCCUUCGCCCAGGGAGGUUAUGAGCAGCGGGACCCAUACGCUGGCUCCCAGGGUGGCUACCAGCCCGAUUACAGCCAGCAAGGUUACAAUCAGGGUGGAGACUACGUUCAGGGCGGAUAUGAACAGCAGGGGGCACCCACCUCCUUUUCCAACCAGAUGUGAGCGCUGGAAUAUCUGAGGAAGCGGGAGAUUGCAG